GAGAACCAUGAUCGCCGAUGUCUGUCGCAGAUCUGGCACUGGAUGAUGAUGAUAUUAAUUAUUAUCUAGGUUACCGCAAAAUAUGAACUCAACAGUGCUGACUUAAAUUGGUUCUCUGAUUUCACAGAUCUAAAAUCAAAACUCCAAUUUCCUUUCCUUAGUGGAGACAGCCGAUCUUAGUUUGUGAUGUUGCUCAACACCAUGAGAUUGGCGAGAGAUUCAAGUCAAAUUAAUGCUAAUAAUUUUGAGCGAGAUCUGAUAUUACAGUUACAUCAUAAAGGACUUUAGAAUUAUGACCUAGGCCUGGGCUUAAUAAUUUUUUUCCCCAUAGACAAAUACUUUGGCGGAAGAUGAAAAUCUGGAAAUUGGAAAUACUUAUUUUCAUAACAAGGCAGGGGGAAACCAUGGCCGAGGAUCCACUGGCCGAUGAGCCGCAUAAGAAGUAUUUUUAUCAUGAACAUGCUUCAAAGUUGCUGAAGAAUUUGAAUGAAACAAGACACUCUGCACACCUAUGUGAUGCCACAGUAUUAUUUGGGGACAAGAAGAUUCCUGUUCAGAAAAGUAUUUUGUCCUCUGCUAGUCCGUACUUUCGAGCGCUGUUCGACUAUGAUUCUCAGCUGCCAAGUGAACCAAAUGGACUGCCAUGUUUUGCACCCCAAGGUAGCUCAGUGGUGUCCCUGGAUAACAUGGGCAUCUCAGAGCUCACAUUUCAGGGAAUACUUGACUUCAUCUACACUGCUGAGGUGGAGCUAAAUCCAGAGAACAUCCAGAACAUGCUUCAGGCAGCUGACCAACUGCUUAUGGGUGACCUGAAGAGAUUGUGUUGUGAGUUUUUGGACACAUGCAUCACCACGCAGAACUGUAUCGGUGUGUUCGACUUCACUUCCCAGCUCUCCUGCUCCUGGUCUCACCUUAAAGUCUCUCAGUAUUUGGAUGAGAAUUUCAGUGAGGUGAGCCAACAUGGAGAAUUCUUACAUCUGAAUGCUCAUCGGGUGGAGAAGUUUCUCUCUAGGAAAACCAUCAGUGUGAGAGAGGACGAGGUUCUCGACAUUAUAAUACGAUGGUUCCAGCAUAAACCCGAGAUCAGGAAGGACGCCGCCUUAAGUCUUGUGGAAAGCGUUGUUUUCGCAACAGAGAUCUCUGAUAAUGCUGUUUUGAAAUUGGGCGACUUGGGUGAACUUGGUGAGGAAGUUUUCCAGGUGUUAAGAAAUCUAAAAAUCCAGCAAGAGGAAACCCCACCCAUUCAGCGUGGCUACACGCGGGUCGUUGUUGCAUGUGGAGGAGAAGGAUACUCAGUGGAAGAUCCUGAUGACUUGGAGGUGAAAGACUACACUCGCUGUGUGCGUCUGUUUGAUGGGUCGGCGGCCUCACAAGACUGCUGGGUUGACCUGGCUCAGAUGACCACAGCUAGAGUCGACCACGGUGUUGUGGAAGUUGCGGGCUAUCUCUAUGCUGCUGGCGGUCGUGACAAGAAUAGCCGAAUCUUGAAUUCAUGUGAGAAAUAUGACCCGUUUACCAAUAGCUGGAGCCGAGUAGCUUCCAUGAAUCACGCUCGCAAAGGGUUUGGGCUGGUUGCCAUUGAAAACUUCAUCUACGCAAUUGGAGGUAGCAAUGAUUUGACUGACCCUUUAACAUCAAUGGAGGUCUACGACAUGUUCACUGACAAGUGGAAAUCUCUGCCAGAUAUGAUUGUGAAGAAGGCAUGGGCAUCUUGUACUGCUGCUGGAAAGAAGAUAUAUGUCAUAGGAGGAGGCAUUGUAGAGAAAUACUAUGACUCUGUUGAGGUUUUUGAUACUCAGUUCCAGACUUGGUAUGCUGUGUCCCCUCUGAGGGAGAGAAGAUGCUUUGCACAGGCUGUGGCAGUUGGAAAUGACAUCUAUGUGUUUGGGGGCCAGCGACGCAUCGAGUGCCCCAGUGCGGCCCAUUCUGGCCACAAUGUCAAACUAUGUGGCUCUGAAUGUUACUCAGCUCGCUGGGACUCAUGGAGGCCCCUGCACACUCAGCGCUAUGAGCCUGGCUUUUGCUCCAUAGCUGAGGGCUCCUCUAUCAACAGUGCCUUAUGUGAGGGGGACUGGAUUCUCGUGGUAGGUGAGCUAAACAUGAAUGGUGAGUGGCACGCAAUUCGGGCCUUGAACCGUCACACGCUUAAGUGGGAGUGUCUGGUAGCAAAUGGGCCAGAUCGUCAACGCCGAUACCCAUGCUGUGCCCUGAACAUACCUAGUCAUGUUCUACAUCAGCUGUUCCAUCAGAGGAAGCUCCACUACACUGAGGUCAUCAGCGACAAGUAAAAUUCUUCAGGGUCUUUCUACAUCUACACAAUGCCCAGCAUUUUCAGAUUCUAUUGCUGAGAUAAAUUUUUAAUUGCUGAAAAAAGGUUUCUGUACAAGGGUGAGGUAUUCUGCUCCCAUCAUGAAACAUCAGAAUUAAGGUAAACAAGAUACUGCUUUGCAUAUUUUCAGAAUGAGUGGUUUCUACAGCUUUUUGCAUCUUGCUCCAAGUUGCAUAUCAAGUUAGUUUAUAUAUAGAUGGCAUUUUAUACAGACACCUGCACAACGUGGCAUUGACCGAGUUUCUUCAUGUUACCUAUACGGAUACAGAUGGUGUCCAAACUAUUGAUUGCUCCUUACUGAAACUCCAGACAAAGUCAUGUUUUAGUGUGUGUGUGUGUGUGUGUGUCACUACAUGGUGGAAUCAGGCGUUCGUCAAUUUUUCAGCAUAUGUGAAGUUAUUGAUAUCAUUUUAAAGAUUGUUCAUUUGUCUUGCUUUUGUUGAAAAAAACCCCAACUCAUUUAUCUUGAAUAGAAGUUGAGAUAUUUGCCAAUUAAAGAUGUCAGGGUAGCCAUUUGACAGAUGUAAAAUUAGCAAAAAAAUGGCCCCGAACGUUUAGUGACUCCCAAAGGUCGAGUGUCUUUCGAAACUGCAAACUACAUUUUUCUGUGCCUUUGAUCAUUGUUUUAACGUGAAAUCCACAUACAAAUGUGUUUUUAUGCAGACGUAAAAGGUGUUGAGAACAAAAAAAGUUUGAUAAAAAUUGUCUAACAGGAGUAAAAAUGCCAGUUUCUCCGAUUUCAUUAUAUCGAUGAGCUACUGAUUUCACCACAAUGCCACUGAUAAUAUUUCAGGUUACCCAGCUUUUGUUGGGUUUUUUUUUUUAAAUGCCUCUGUAGAGCCCAUCUAAUCCUGAUUUGUAUAGCACAUUUGCGGAGCGGUGAUACCACCCUUGUGGUAGUAGAGUAUGUAUUUGUUUAUAUAAGGGUAUGGAAGUGGGAGUAUAACUUAAAGUAGAAACAAUUUUUCUCAUAUAACAAUCUUUUCAUUACAGAGUGUUAAGUGCUACGACUGCUUUUGCUACUCGGGUAGAUUCAGUGCAGUGAUGUCCCUAUUCAUGCUUCGAUUUGCUUUUUCCCUUUAGUAUUUGAGAUUUGUUUGCCUAGUUGUGAGUGAAAGCUGAACACCUACACACUUGCAUGUCAGUUGUACUUUGGACUGCUGUAAUCCACAGUGCUGUUGUAAAAAGAAGGGUUUUUACUGAUGAAUGUUUGUACUUCUGAGAACUAUGCUUUCAUGUCAUGUUAUAGUCUUAAUGGUGUUUCUUAUUAAUCCGUCAAGUAUGAGCCCUGAUAUGGAUUAUUAUGUUCUCACUCUGCUUUGCCCUUUCUAAUUUUAUAACGUCGAGAAAUUUAAAAGUACAUGUCAAUACAUUUUUAGAUAUUUAUUCUACAUUAAUUUUGAGUCUUAAACAGUUAAUAGGUAAAGUGUUUCUUGUAUGUUUAAAUGUUUUCUUGCUUAUCUGGAACUUGUCUUUUCAAGGAUCGCGUAGAUUGCUUAGAAUGUGUGUAGAUGAUUAUUAUGAAGUUGAUUGGGCAAUGGACAUCGCAAAGUGAUAAAAUCUCAUUCAAACAAAUUAAAUUGUUGGGAUAUACCUACUUUUGUCACAGAGCAAAUGUUCUAGAGGGGCAUUCACUUGGAUUUUAUAUUACUGAUGAUGUGUCUCUUAUUGUUUUGUCUAAGUACCUAGUGAAGAGCUGGUGUGUGCUGUAAAUGUUAGGGCAGUUCUCACAGCGAAGACAUUUUCAUUUUUUGUUAGCUAUGGCCGUAAAAUUUAGUUUCUUUUCUACUGAUGAUUGAAAGCACCCUAAAUGUUGCUUGCCAGUUUGCACAAAUCAAACCCAUUGAAGCCAUAUGAUGUCACUUCUGAUGACAAGGCUCUAUCCUGCUGAUUGAAAACAAGGACUAACUCAGAACAGAAAUCUAUCUUAUCAUUUUCUUAACCGCGGCUAAAUUUUCAAUCGAACCAAACUGUGAAUGAUGAAAGAAUUGCAGAAUUUUUAUAACUGGUAUACUGCAACAAAAGUUUUUCCAAGGUUUGAAAAAAAAAAAAAAAGCAAUACGUUUGAAUUGUUUUUUAAUAGAUG